GUGAGGUCAGUGCAUUGAUUCUUUCCCUGCUUCUAGCUCAGUGAAUGUUACUUUCGGUUUCUGGAGAGGAGAGAAGUUGUCCGAGGCAGUUCCGUGGGCGAGCAACUGCAGAGAGGCAGAUACGUUAUUUGGGAGGUAGAAGAAUGACAUCCUUGCCUCAUUCUGGAUUGUCUUCUGUUUGGAGCGGGGAGGCAUCUACUGCCAUGCAGCCUGCUCAGCCUCCAGUGUUCUUUGAGGAGGUGGCUGUGUAUUUCAUCUGGGAGGAAUGGGCCCUCCUGGAUCCAGGCUCAAGAGCUCUGUAUAAGGAAGUCAUGCUGGAGAAUUAUGGGAUGGUGGCUUCUCUAGAAGGGUUUGCAGCUCCCAAACCAGACCUCGUCUCCUGGCUGGAAGGAGGAGAAGAUCCCUUUGUCUGGGACUCCAAAGAAGUGCAGAAACCAUCUGGUAGGUGCUUAGGUGAUCAGCAGAAAAAUAGAGAUUACAGGAAACUACUUGCAUUGCCACUUCAAAGAACCCAUACAAGAGAGACAACACAUAAAUGCUUGGAGUGUGGAAAGAGCUUCAAGUGGAAGGUGAGCCUCACUGUCCAUCAAAGAAUCCACACUGGGGAGCAACCAUACCAGUGCUUGGAGUGUGGAAAACGCUUCACUAGGAGGGGGGGCCUCACUGUCCAUCAAAGAAUCCACACUGGAGAGAAGCCAUACCAGUGCUUGGAUUGUGGAAAGGCCUUUCGUGAUAAAUCAACUAGAAGGAAACAUGAGAGAACUCACACAGGAGAGAAACCAUAUGAAUGCUUGGAGUGUGGAAAGGGCUUCAGCCAAAGUGGAAGUCUUACAAAACAUCAACAAACCCAUAUUGGAGGGAAACCAUAUAAAUGUUUGGAGUAUGGAAAGAGCUGCAGCCAGAGAGAUACACUUGCUAUGCAUCAUGGAAUCCAUACAGGAGGGAAGCUGCAUACAUGUUCAGAGUGUGAAUACAGUUUCAGUCAGAGAGGACUCUUGACUAGAUAUCAGACAGUCCACACAGGAGAGAAAGUGUGUACAUUUUUGGGGUGCAGAAAGAGUGAUAGCCUCACUGUAUAUCAAAAAAUCCACACGGGAGAGAAGCCAUAUACAUGUUUAGAUUGUGAAAAGGACUUUCAUCAUAAAUGGUCUCUUACAACACAUCUAAGAACUCACACAAGAGAGACCCCAUAUAAAUGCUUGGAUUGUGGAAAGAGCUUUAAGUGGAAGCAGAAGCUGACUUUACAUCAAAGAACACACACUGGAGAGAAACCAUACCAAUGCCUGGACUGCAGAAAAAGCUUCAGUCGGAGGGAGAGCCUCACUGCACAUCAACGAAUCCAUACUGGAGAGAAACCAUACCAAUGCUUAGAUUGUGGAAAGGCCUUUUUUCGUCAAUCAGCUUGUAGGAAACAUGAAAAAACUCACACAGGAGAGAAACCAUAUAAAUGCUUGGAGUGCGGAAAGGACUUUCAUGAUAAAUCUUAUCUUAGAACACAUCUAAAAACUCACACGAGAGAGACCCCAUAUAAAUGCUUGGAGUGUGGAAAGAACUUCAAGUGGAAGGUGAGCCUCACUUUACAUCAAAGAAUCCACACUGGAGACAAACCAUACCCAUGCUUGGACUGUGGAAAAAGCUUCAGUCGGAGGGAGAGCCUCACUGUACAUCAAAGAACCCACACUGGAGAGAAACCAUACCAGUGCUUAGACUGUGGAAAGGCCUUUUGUGACAAAUCAACUCGUAGGAAACAUGAAAGAACUCACACAGGAGAAAAACCAUAUACAUGCGUGGAGUGUGGUAAGAGCUUCAAUGUGCCUAGUACACUUGCGGAUCAUCACAGAAUUCACACAGGGGAGAAAGCAUUUAGCUGCCUGAAGUGUGGAAAGAGCUAUAGGAAGAACUCACACCUUACUCGACAUCAGAGAACCCACUAGAAGAUAAUCUUUAGAAAUGCUCGGCCUGUAUCUAAAGGCAUUGUAAUCAGGCCUGAAUUUGUUAUGAUGAUUUUUAUUAUGGUAACUAUUUAGUUUUAAGUCAUCUGCGAUUGCUAUGCACUCUAUAAAGGUUGCAAAAAGAAAGGCUCUGCCUGCAGGUUUCCAUUCAAAGUGACUGGAGUCAUGUAGGAAGGGGAAAUGGGCAAGGAAGACAGUAGGGAAAUGUGGCUCAUUUUCUUCUUCUGUCAGAAUGAAAUCCUUACAUUUUUAAACCAUUUUUGAAAUCCUCUCCAUUCUUAAAUGGAGAGACAGAUGGAAGCCACCUGUAGCCUGGGAGGCAACUUGGAAAACUAACAAACUGUGUGGUAGCGAAAGACCCUCCCAGCAAAGGCUCACAAGGAUUUGGCUUUGUCACUUUCUCAUUCAUGGCUGAAGUUGAUGCAAGAAUGGCUGCCACACCUCAUUCAAUCGAUGGAAGUGUACUUAAACCUAAAAGAGCGGUAGCCAGAGAGGAAUCUGGGAAGCUUUCUCAAAAUAUGGAAGAAUUGCCUUUCUGUAACUAUUCCAGUUGUGUCAGCCUAGUCUAAAAGAGACCUGAUGGCUGUGUGUGUGUGUGUGUGUGUGUGUGUGUGUGUGUGUGUGUGUGAGAGAGAGAGAGAGAGAGAGAGAGAGUCAGUUUUCCAUUUGAGAAGAAGGGUGGGGAGAUGGGAAAAAUGAAGCUUUGUCUUGUCCUAGAAUUUCAGUUAGUAAAUAUUUGUGUAUAUUUUUGUGUUUGGGAAGGUAUAGUGGUGGUAUUGUGCUGAAGGUAUUAGCGGCAGCAAAAGCACUGUGGUGAUUGGGCAGUGGGAAUUCCCUAAGCAAAUUGGGGGAGGAGUCUGUAGUUGGAGUGACUGGUUAGAAGAUGCGUUUUGCUGUCGCUCUCUGUAAAGGAGAGAAUGUUUCAUUUAUUUCAGACAAGAAUAAAUCCUUGGUGGUGGUUUA